UGUUAGCCACAUCUGGAAUAGUAGCUACAGAUAAAGAAGUCGAGAGACGCAGAACCUCGCUGAGACUUUCCCCAACUCUUCACUUCAGCACUCCCUUUUCCACGGAAACAAGCUUCUUGCUCUGCCUAGCCACUUAUCUACUUGAAUCAUGCUGCUCAUCCUGCUCGGAGUGCUUGUUAUGCACCUCAUCAUUCUCAUUCUUCUCAUCGUGUCGACGGCAGCAAGUACCUGGUCUGUAGGUGGGGAUAGAACCACAGAUCUGUGGUACACCUGCACAAACUCUAAUGGAGGCUACCACUGCAAGCCAGCCAUCAGUGAAGACUGGCUCCAAGCAGUGCAAGCCCUCAUGAUCCUGUCCCUGCUAUUCUGCUUCUUCUCCCUCAUUGCGUUCCUGUUUCAGCUGUUCAAAUUGGUCAAGGGCGGACGCUUCUUCUUCACCGCCAUCUUCCAGAUCUUGGCAAGUGUGUUCGUGAUGUGUGCGGCGAUCAUCUACACCGUGAUGAGCCCAGAUGAUGGAUCCGUAAAAUUCGGCUACGCCUAUGUGCUGGCCUGGGUGUCUUUCCCUCUCACUCUCAUCAGCGGUCUCAUUUAUAUCGUCCUGAGGAAGAAAGAAUGAGGAGAGCAGAGGAGAAAGGAGGAGGGGUUGUUAGGAUACCCCUUACAAGAAACAUCGCACUGUGCCUACUGCCCACAGACCAUAGACUGACAUCCAACCAUUACAACAAAAGUGGAUGUGUCACUAAUCAUUUCAAACAAAAAAUCUAGACAACACGGCUGGGGAUCUAUUUUUUGCUGUAUUUCAGUAUCCACUACAUUCCCUUCACAUUGAAAAGUAUCACAUCUGUUUUCAUCGUGAAUCUUACCACAAGCUGAGCGUCACUACAAGUGUUUCCCGCGGUGACAGAUUAUCUUUAAAACGUGUUUGUAAAUGUGUUGGAGACAUAUUGACUUGUGUUGCAUCCUGGCACCUGACUUCCACAAAUCCAUCAUGUGUGAUAACAAAGAUGAGUAAUCCUGCCUUCAGUACAAAUAUGUACAUAGUGUCUGUGGUUUUUAGACAUAUUUAUAACAUUUUUACAUACAUUUUGUACAUAGUGUUGUCAAGUUAACAUUGUCAUGCUCAUUUAUGUGAUAGAGUUUAUUUGUCUCUCACAAAUCAUGCAGCUGUGCCAAAGAGAUGUCGCUUAAACCGCCAGAGUAUCAAGCUUUUAAAAUGUUUUGUCUUUGAGUGUCAAAUGCUUUGAACCACGUGCCUUACUUAGAAUAUCUGUUCUUGAAGGAAAUGAGAAACUCCUCAUAAAUAAAUAAAAAUAACACUAAGAAGUAAACUUAUGAAGUUUUUAUGAAUUAUCAUUUUACUUGAUAUACCAAAUAUAAAAAUGUUUUGGAUUUUUGUUAUGUAGUUUUAAAAAAUGGUGCUUUUGUAUCUACUAUUCUUGAAAUGUAUAGCCUACCUUGUGUUGCAAGUGUGUCCUGUGCUGUGAUUAAUUUGCUUUGUACAAACAAACAGUUUGCAUUUUUGUCAGUAUUCUUCUUAAUAAACCCUUUUGAAAUUAA